AUGACGGUCCAAACAACUGUUGCCCAGCUGUCUUCCGUCGCCUUGCGACUGGUCUCUUAUUUCUUUCUUCGAUGGUUCCUCCCGAUCCUCGCAUUCACCCUUUUCGCAAUCUACGUCCCAUCCUUUAUUUCCAGUUACUUGACCGAGUCGAAAUACGAAGUUGUUCAUGAUGAAGUCGAUCUAGUUAUAAAAGAGACUACAUUGAAGGGCGAGACGCCCGAGGUGGAAGAUGCAAAUGGUGACGCCAAUGCAGAUGACGAAAUCAUAGCCGAGGAGGUGGAAGUACAAGAGACUAUUGUCGUCGGAGAAAAGCCGGUCAGAGGAUGGCAGUCGCUACUCACGGACCGUUUAUUCCGAGAGCACACCUACACCGCCGAUGAUCUCUCAUUUGUCCGCCUGGGAUAUGUCUCUGACUCCGAGGCUAAGCUUCUCAUUCGAGAGCCUGAUCAGUCGAAGAUGCCAAUCACGGUAGAACUGCACAUAAAAGACCCUCAACCACCUUUCGACAACCCCUUAUGGCAGACAGCGGGUGGCAUUAGGUGGACCUCCAAUGAGACAGACUAUACGGCCGUUCUCAGCAUCCCUCUCAGACACAACAAGCAGCGGACGUAUGAAUGGAGGAGCUCAAACAACCAUUCGGGCGAGUUCACAGCUGCACCCAAAGCCGGCCAAACAUCAGAAAUCACCAAUGGACAAUUCACUUUUCUAUCUACAUCUUGUAUCGUAUCACGACUGCCAUACAAUCCGCUCGAUCAUCCUCUAGCAAUUCCUGGAAUGAAGUACCUCGCCAAAGCACUUCCUGAUCUUGGAGCGCAGUUUAUGCUAUUUCUCGGAGACUUCAUUUACGUAGAUGUACCUCGAUGGUGGGGCAAGGACAUCGGAGACUAUCGACAGAAAUAUCGCCAGGUCUAUGCAUCACCGGACUGGGCUGCCGUUGGCCAGAAUCUGAGUUGGAUUCAUGUCCUUGACGACCAUGAGAUCUCAAAUGACUGGUCUUCGAAUGAUACUGGUGUGUAUAAGGCUGCUGUUGAGCCCUGGCACCACUAUCACACGUCUGUUAAUCCGCCUCCACCGAAGAAAGCUGGUGCCUUGGCGAGAAAGAAGCCUGCAACAUGUAAUUUGCUUCCCUUCAAUGACACUGAGAAAACUAUGUUGGGCCAGGAACAGUUUGAAGACCUCCUCCGCUUCCUUCAUCGUCCUGAGCCCAAGGGCGUCAAAUGGAAGGUUGUUGCUUCAUCGGUGCCUUUUACGAAGAACUGGCAUGUGAACACUAAAGACACAUGGGGUGGCUUCCUAACCGAGAGGAAGAAGCUCCUUGAAGCUAUGUGGGAUGUGGGCUCUCGUGGAUACGGCGUGGUCAUCCUCUCAGGAGACAGGCAUGAAUUCGCAGCUACCAAGUUCCCGCCUCCGCCUGACUCCAAGUGGCCAGAGAGUGCUGCCGUGCACGAGUUCUCUGCGAGUCCACUCAGCCAGUUUUAUUCUCCGAUCCCGACUUACAAACAAACUGAUAACGAGGAUGUCAAAGUCAAAUACGUCAACAUUGGUAACUCUAAAUUUGGAGCUAUUACCAUUGAGAACUUGAGUGAAGGCGAGCAAAGCAGCCUCAAAUACCGCCUGUUUGUCGAUGGCGUCGAGGCGUGGAACACCGUCGUGCUGUCGCCACAGAAGACGAUCGAGUCCAAGGCUUCCGGUAGCUUCUGGGGUCGCUUGACUGGUUCCCAGUAG